UACUUUAGAGAAAAACACGAUUCUUUAUUUUGAGUAGUAAACAUCAAUAACCCGGUGAAUAAUUAAAUAGUAAUCUUAAUAAUAAUCUGCUAGGCAUUAUGUGUUAUUUUGCUACAGAAAGAGAAUUUUUUUUUACAGGAAUAAUCUAAAACCAUGUCAUUCUAUCGUGAACGAAACUACCAUACUUUGUUGUCGAUUUCGUUGAUUUUCACGGCUGUCAGUAUAAAUGUUGUCAGUUCUUUUUUGUCUGGUAUUUCGGAAGUGCAAAAUAAAAAUUAUUCAAAUUUACUAGUUCGUAAUAUUGACUAUAAUGAUCGCACGAUUUCUGAGAAUGUUUCGCGAUACAAUCGUCAAUUAGAUCAUGAUGUGGAAAGUAAAUUUCACACUAAUGGAAAUACAAUUAUUCGUACUGGAGAAUCGCGGACUCUUGGUGCAAAGUAUUUAAAUGAAACUGUUCUUCCAACGAAUCAUGAUUGUUUAUCAUGGUGUUUGGAGACUCCAAGUUGUAAUGCUGUUGUUUAUGAAGAAAAGACUGUGCGUAGUUGUUACAUGUUCAACUGUGGCCCACCAUCUGCCUUUCUAUGCAAGUUCACUACUCAUAAUUUUUUUGUAAGCUCUGUACUAAAAGUUUCUCAACAUUCCUAUGAUCUUAGUCAGUGGGGAAAUCAAGUUAAACAUGAAGAGGAGCUUGCUCAGUUACGUAAUACCGAUGUCAAUGGUGGUAGGCUCUCUUCAACUUCUGUACCUGUUGAACAAAAUUCUUUUACAGUAACACCAGCUUUACCUACUGCUUCAGAGAAAUCAGACAAAACAGAAAGCAGAUGCCACCAUUAUCAGUUCCAGUGCUUAAAUAACAGUGAAUGUAUCGCAAUUUAUAAUGUUUGUGAUGGAAUACCUCAGUGUCCUGAUGGAAGUGAUGAAAGCAAUGAGCUGAAAUGUCCAAUAAAAGGAAUUUCAAAAGAUGUUUCAGGUAAGGUCCAGAAAUUUGACUUAUCUCAUCAUUCUGAAAAUAAAGCUCCUAACUCAGCUGCCGAGAUCAGAGGGCUUCAACCAUCAACUAUGCUUACCAACCCUCAAAAUAGUCCAAUUUCUCCCCCUCAUGAUAAGCAAAAACCCAGAGAAAGCAAAGAAGAUUUAAUGCACAAGGAAGAAGCUAAAGUUCCUUGGCAUGAUAGAUCUUCAGAACUGCAGGGAUCUAGGCCAGAUUAUUAUCAUCAUGUUGAUGAAUCAGAUGGGCUUGGAUCACCUUUCAUACAUAAGCACAGCCAAUUUGUUGCUGCUAAUGAUCCACAUGUGCAAAGCCUGAACCACUGGUCAAAUGAUUAUGAUCAAUAUCCUCAACAUUCUGCUUCUUUGGAUCAGCGAUAUAAUCCAUAUGAGAGUAAUUAUCAAAGGAUGGAUGAUCAGUACUUACCUAACCCAUUAUCACCAGAAUAUGAUAGUGUAAAAGGAUAUGGAAACUACAGACAAGAUGACAUACCGUACUGGCCAGGCCAAGAUGGUGUACAAGAUGGUGCAUAUUCAGUUGAUGACUUCCCACAACCUGGGCUUCAUUCACUCAAUAAGCAAAAUGGCUAUCCUGAUAAAGACAUUUACACCCAGCAAAUUUCCAGAGCUGCUGAUCAGUAUGCUUCACCCAAGCAUCAUAUAGUACAUAAACCUUUAGAUGUUAUGCCUGCUGUUCAACAAAGUAGAUCGUCUGAACUUGAAGACUACAAGUCUCGAAGAUUUCCUUUACAAAGGCAACAGCCCUAUUUAAAUUAUGAUGAAUCUUUGCAGAGGUCAUAUGCAAAUUAUCCUGAAGUCAAACCAAAAAAUUAUGAACCAGCUCCAAAUAUGGAUGAUGUUAUGUAUAGUAAUGAUGACCUCAUUAGAGCUAGUAUUGUUAAUCAGCUACCAAUUCAAACAGAAGAUAAUCAUCAUAGCCAUGAACAGAAUUUGAAACAUAUAAUAAAUACACCUAUGCCUCAUAUUCAUAAAAAGAUUAAAGAGAAAACAUCAGAGAGAAAGAAUUCUGCUGAAGAUGAUUCCCUCAUUAUAGUCAAACCCACCUCGCAUUCUAAAGGUAUACAAAGAACUGUUUUAGAUUUUAAAAUGUCAGUGACAGAACUAUACCAGUCAACUAGAACUCACACUCGAGAAACUAACAGUGCAAUUCUUGCUUUAGUUAUGGGACUAACAGCAACAGUUUUACUGUUUAUUCUUCUUGCUUGUCGCAUGAAAACAAUACGUCGGAGAAUGUCACGUAAAGGUAGAGGUCUUGCUCAUGAUGCAGAUUACUUAGUCAAUGGCAUGUAUUUAUAAAAUGAAUAAUGCAGAAAAUCUCUGAAAUAGAUAGUUGUUACUACUUUUGCUGUAUUUGGAAAUAUAAGUGAUUUUCUUGUUAAGAGAAUCACAUAUAAUAUUCCAAGCUUGUAAAGGUAAUGACUAUUCCUAUUAUUGUUUCAGGUAAUGCAUAUUUCUAGUCGUCUUCUAUUUAUCAUUUCAUUGUUCGUUUUUGCAGCUGUUGCUAUAAUAGUCUUGUGUAAAAUAAAUACGUUAACUCUUUUGGAAUUCUGUAAAAUGUACUUAGAUUCUGGUAUUAUUUCAAAAUAAUGAAAUUUGUGUGAAAAAUAGUUUGAUUUCCUUUAAAUUAUGCUGUUAUGCAGAAUAAAUAAAAUUAAAUUUUAUGUAUGGAAACUAUCAGUUUUAGUCUUGUCACAUGAAUAUGCUGUGGCUUUUAUGUAAGUAGUUAUUAGAUUUGUUUGACUUUUUUAUCAAUGUUUUAAAUGUUAAAUUCUAUGCUUAAAUAAAAUGAAAGACAGAAA